GCAGGAUCGAGAGAUAAAAUUUGUCAACAAAAAGUUUAUUUUGUUUUUCCUAAAAGCAAUAAUCAUUCUUAUACUAAUUAAUCGUUUUCCCUUUGUAAAAAUUUUAUAAGUAAAUUAUUAGUUGACCUGUUCAGUAUGUCCCACAACCAUUCACACGACCAUGGCCGGGGAUGUUCUCACGAGGCACUCGGCAUCGAGGACGAACUGGAGAUGGGCAUCCAGUACAGUUUGUACGAGAAGAUUGACUUGCUCAAUGUGGAAUGUUUGAACGAAGAAACGGAUGGGUCCGGGAAGACGGUGUUCAAACCCUACGAUCAGAGGCUGGAUUUCGAUAAGCACGUGACGAGCGACGCCGACGAGGAGCUGCUGUUCAAUAUACCCUUUACCGGAAACGUCAAGCUGAAGGGCAUCAUCAUAGUUGGGGCCAACGACGAUGGCCACCCGAAGAAGAUGAGAUUGUUCAAGAAUCGACCAAAGAUGACGUUCGAUGAUGUCGGGGCUCCGGCUGAUCAGGAAUUUGAAUUGGAACGGGAUCCGAAUGGCUCCAUAGAGUACGCAACGAAGGUCGUUACCUUCUCGUCGGUGCACCACCUUUCGAUUCACCUGCCGACCAACUACGGAGAUUCCAACACCACCGUAUACUACAUCGGAUUGAAGGGAGAGUUCACGGAGGCGCACUACCACGGGGUGACCAUCUGUACCUACGAAUCUCGGCCGAACGUUUCCGAUCACAAGAAUGACGUGUUCGAUUCGGUCAACCAUCAGGUUCAGUAGGUUGUAGAUGAUCCAAGCCAAGCCAGUUAUCUACCCCUAAGAUUAUUUAAAAUUGAUGCGCUGUGAAAUUCAUGUUGUUUUCCUUUCCAUUCUAGUUUGGUUUGCUAUUUAAAGUCGAAUAAAUCGAAUUUUGUAAUGAACUUCAA